CUGGCGCACCGGAUUGAAGGUCUGUGUACAUGUGGGGCCGUUUAAAGAGGUGCGCCGACCAGACGGCACAGACGUUCUCCGUUGAAGAAUCAGCGAGAUGAAGAGCAGCGCCAACCCGGCACCAUGCGCUCCAGGCUCCCGCGGACUGCCUGCCUAUUGCGACUCGUUGCACUCUGCCUGCUUCUCUCACACACUGCAGCUUAUUUUGGGCUGACAGGACGGGAGCCCCUGGUGUUUUUACCUGCUCCGUUUUCCAAUGAACCUCCGACAGGCAAGGCCCACCUGAAGCAGUGCGAGCAGAUGACUCUGACCAGGCGGCAGAAGAGGCUGUGUCGCAGGGAGCCUGGUCUGGCCGAGACGCUACGGGAGUCGGUGCGCCUCAGCCUCCUGGAGUGUCGGUAUCAGUUCAGGAACGAGCGCUGGAACUGCAGCCUGGACGGCCGGGGAAGCCUCCUGAAAAGAGCAUUCAAGGAGACUGCGUUCCUACUGGCGGUGUCCUCUGCAGCGCUGACCCAUGCACUCGCCAAAGCGUGCAGCUCAGGUCGAAUGGAGAGGUGCACGUGUGACGACUCCCCCGGCAUCCAGCAUCGAGAAGCGUGGCAGUGGGGGGUCUGCGGUGACAACCUGAAAUAUAGCACCAAAUUUCUCAAGAAGUUUCUCGGCCAAAAGAAGGUCAGCAAGGACCUGAGGGCUCAAGUCGACACCCACAACAUCAACGUUGGAAUUCGGGCGGUGAAGAGCGGGCUGAAAACAACCUGCAAGUGUCACGGCGUCUCCGGCUCUUGUGCCGUACGGACUUGCUGGAAGCAGCUGUCUCCUUUCCACGACACUGGACGGCUGCUGAAGUACAGGUAUGACACCGCAGUGCGAGUGCUCAGUGUCACCAACGCAGCCACCGGGGAGACGGAGCUCGCCGGGCCCCGUCGCCACGGCCAGAGCCUUCGCACUACUGACCUGGUCUACCUGGAAGACUCCCCCAGCUUCUGCAGACCCUCGCGCUACUCCCCGGGUACGGGCGGCAGGUCGUGUGCCAAAGACACCAGCUGCCAGAGUCUGUGCUGCGGACGUGGUUACAACACAGCCAUGCGCCUCACCAGCCUGUCCUGCCACUGCCAGGUACGCUGGUGCUGCCACGUGGAGUGUCAGACGUGUGUGAGAGAAGAGGAGGUGUACACCUGCAAAAACGCAUGAUGAGAUAGAAAGAAAGUGUGCAAAGGCUUGCAAAAGAAUGAUCGGUUGGGAAAAUAAGUUUGAGACAUGGCUGAACUAUAAGCUCCUAUAGACACUGAGGGAUCUCACAGCAGAGCAUGGCUUCGCUCUUCUGACCUGCAUGUUAUUUGGGGAGGAAUAUACACUUGUAACAUUAUAAUAGUGCUGGUUAUUUGCUAAUCGUCAUCGAAUUGAUACGCAGCAGCUUUACUGUAAGUGAGGAUGUUUUCAAACUACUCUGCUUCUCUCUUGCUGGAUGCACUGAACUCCCACUCCUCUGGGACGGAGGGAAAUGAGCUCUUAAAACAGGUACUGGACUAGACUGGACGUCAGCAGCAAUACGACGUCAAACCCUCUGACAGUGACUUUGUUGUAUUGUAAUUGCAUUGGCCCCUUCCACUUGACUAUUUAUUGUAUCAGUCACUGUUGUACUGCUGCUUUAUACUUUAACCUUCUUCUAAUUGCCACUAAGGCUAAAAUGGCCUUAAAAGGAAUCAACCUGUCUGUCUUUCUGUCUGCUGUGGAGAUAUUUUAGGAGUUCAUGUUUUGAUUAAAAAGCACUUAAGUUGCUCUUGCUAUGGUAAAUAUGAUACAAAGACAUUAAUCAUAGACGCUAGUACAAAUGUUUAAAUAUAUGUUGAAACAGAAUCACUGGAAGCUUUGAGGGGUGCCACUGAUAUCCAUUGUAACAUGCUUUAACAAGGUUAUUGUGUAAAGAAACAAGCUGGCUUUCAGUUGCUCUUAUGGAAAUGUCUAUGGAAAUGUCCACAUGUAGCCUAAUGCGUGCUCAACAGAACAAAAGGAAAUACCCGGGUAAUCGUGAGGGAAACACCAAACGCUGUAACACACGGCAAAGAAAGAAUGAAAAACUUUACAUUUCUUAAUUAACAUACCAACCCUCCUCCGCAUUUAUAGAAGCACUACGCUAUACUUUCAAGUUUAAAAUUGCUUGACUGAAGAAUUUGAUCUUCAAAAGUCUAAUUUAGCCACUUCUUUGUUCUACGUGCCUUUGAAGUGGGAUAAUCGUGCUCCUUAUUUCCCCAAAUUGCAAAUCAAAGAAAAUCCCCAUGUUUACUCACUUAUCCCUACAUCCAAGACAACUCUCUCUCGUGUCCAUGUGUGCAGGUCAAAAGUGCACGUGGCACCCAAAAAGGUUUAUGUUAUUGGCCAGUUUAUGUUUUGUUUGAGUGAUUCUGACUGUAUGAUAUGAAUAUAACUCAUGUCAGGGCUCCAGGCGUAUGACAAUGUGGAAUCGUAAUUUUCUACCUCACUUCAUAUUUUGGCAAAUAUCAGUAAGAUUUAUGAGCUGUGCAGAGUGAUGUCCUGUCCUUUGCAUUUGUUUUAAAGAUAAUGUUUUGGGUUUUUCUUUUUUUGUACAGUUCUUUUGAAUUUGGUUAAACAUAUCUCCAGAUUUCAAAUGUUGUUUUUUUUAACCUUGUUGCAUUACAAUCUUAUUUAAAAUAAAUAAAUGGA